UUUCUCUCUCCUCCUCUCCCUCCCCCUGCUCCUCUAUGCUCAGUUCGGUGUGUGUCUCCUCUUUCAAAGGGCGCAAGGGUGGGAACAAGUCGUCCAACAAAGCAUGUUACAGCGCAGACAUGACUUGUCCGUCAGACAGCGAGAAAAUAGUGAUAAACUGCGGGGGGAUUCGGCACGAGACAUACCGCAGCACACUGAAGACGCUGCCCGGGACCCGCUUGUCCUGGCUGACGGAGCCAGAUGCGUUCAGUAACUUUGACUAUGACCCCAAAUCCGACGAGUUUUUCUUUGACCGUCACCCCAACACCUUUGCGUUCAUCCUCAACUAUUACCGUACAGGCAAGUUGCAUUGUCCCAGUGAUGUCUGCGGUCCCCUGUUUGAGGAGGAGCUCGCGUUCUGGGGUAUCGACGAGACGGACGUGGAGGCUUGCUGCUGGAUGAACUACCGACAGCAUCGGGACGCCGAGGAAGCGCUGGACAGCUUCGAGACGCCCGAGCCGGACCCACCAGAGGACGACCCGGCGCUAACAGGAGGAGCGGACGGUGACUUGAAGAGGUUGUGUCUACAGGAGGAUGGGCGAAACCCCAGCUGGUGGAGUACCUGGCAACCCUGGGUCUGGGCGCUGUUUGAGGACCCCUACUCCUCGAAAUACGCCAGGUAUGUGGCGUUCGGCUCGCUCCUGUUCAUCCUCAUCUCCAUCUCAACAUUUUGCUUGGAGACACACGAGGCCUUCAACACCAUCUACAAUAAGACUGAGAACGUGACGGUGGGGAACGUCACGCGGGAAGAGGUUGUGUUUGAGGUAGUGACUGACAACUGGCUGACCUACGUGGAGGGCGUAUGCGUGGUCUGGUUCACCAUCGAGGUGUUCACCCGUGUCAUCUUCUGCCCGGACAAGGCUGAGUUCUUCAAGAGCUCGCUGAACAUCAUCGACUUUGUAGCCAUCCUGCCCUUUUACCUGGAGAUGGCGCUGAGCGGCCUCUCCUCUAAAGCAGCCAAAGAUGUGCUGGGCUUUUUGCGUGUGGUGCGAUUUGUCAGAAUUCUGCGAAUCUUCAAGCUCACGCGCCACUUUGUGGGGCUGAGGGUGCUGGGCCACACACUCCGUGCCAGUACCAACGAGUUCUUGCUUCUCAUCAUCUUCCUCGCUCUCGGGGUGCUCAUCUUCGCCACCAUGAUCUACUACGCCGAGCGCAUCGGCGCCGACCCGGACGACCCCACAGCCAGUGCCCACACCGCCUUCAAAAACAUCCCCAUCGGCUUCUGGUGGGCGGUGGUCACCAUGACGACUCUGGGCUAUGGUGACAUGUAUCCCGAGACAUGGUCGGGCAUGUUGGUGGGCGCCCUGUGUGCCCUGGCAGGCGUGCUGACCAUUGCCAUGCCUGUGCCCGUCAUUGUAAACAACUUCGGCAUGUACUACUCUCUGGCCAUGGCCAAGCAGAAGCUGCCCAAGAAGAAGAACAAGCACAUCCCACGGGCGCCGCAGCCUGGAUCGCCCAACUACUGUAAGCCAGAUGCCCUGGCAAUGGCCACUGCCUCGCCGCACAGGAUCAUGGGUAAUGUGCUGGGCAGUAUGGUGGUCUCUGGAAGCAUGGCAGGAGACUGUCCUCUUGCACAGGAGGAAAUCAUAGAGAUUAACAGAGCAGACUCAAAGCAGAACGGGGAUGCUGCAAAUGCAGCUCUGGCUAAUGAGGACUGUCCCACCAUAGAUCAAGUGUUGGGGCCAGAUGAUAGGAGUCCAGCCACCGGUGGGCUGGGCACAGGCACGGGGCGUGAGCGUUACCCCCAUGAUAGGGCCUGCUUCCUCCUCAGUACUGGAGAGUUCCGCACCACAGACAGCAAUGUCAGGAAAGGUUGUGUCGUGUCAUGCGUUUCUGCUGGCUAUGAGAAGUCCCGCAGCCUCAAUAACAUCUCGGGGAUGACAGGAGCCCCCCUCCGCUUGACCCCCAUCACCCCCAUCAACAACCCACCCUACGAACCCUACGAGUCCCCCGGGCCCCUGCGCCGCUGCCGAUCCCCUAUACCCUCCAUUCUGUAGCACAUCUUAGGAAUCGCCAACAAAAUAAUCAUCACGCACAUUAUACCGCAAUAGUAUUAAUAAUCACAAGAACGCCGCUAAAUACUCCUCCAUUGACUGGACAGGAUGGGGGCACACAGCACUCUUUUUAAUAUAUCAUGCCUCAAAGGGAAUGGGAUGAAUUUGUUUAGGGAUUUAGAGCUUUAAGUACUAAAAUCACCACAUAUACUUCAGGCAAUAUUUCAGACAGGCAACUAAAACAAUUAUAUGCUGUCACGUCAGCAAAUUAUGCCUUAUUAUCGAAGAUAAAAAAAAAGAAGCACUGAAUUCUAUUAGGAUAAAACCCCUCACUGUUUCAUAGGCGGCAGCGGCGAGCACCCUGUAGGAAAUCUACCCCUGUAGUUAAAUGAUAGUAGUUGGCUUCCCCAUAUGUUCCUGCCUGAUUGCUGGUUGUGUAUAAAAAAAAAAUGUAAAAAAAAACACGUGACUGUGAUCCAGCAGGUACUAGUCGCUGAGGUCAGCUUUGAUACACCAUUAUAGGCCUUGAAAAAUCCACUUCAUAUCACAGCUUGGAAUGAUAAAGGUCACAGACAACAUGCAAGUAGCUCAAGUGCAUGCAAGAAAAGACAUCAGUUAGGCAAGUAGACUAUAUCUAAACUCCCAACCCCCUUUAACUUCAGCGAGGAAGUGAAAAUAAACGCUGGACUGACUUUAGAGAAUUAAUUCGAUGAUUUGAUUGUGAUGAAGGAGGUUUUGGUGAUCCAGGCCAUUAUAUGAAGUAUUAUGAAUAAGACCAACACUUAGCCAUUACUUAAUCACACACAGAGUAUUUCCUACAGCAACUUUCGUUGUCACUUUAAGAUAUAACUCACACCGUUAUGCUCUUUAUUUAGGACAAAGAGAAACGCUUAAACCAUUCUUGUGCAAUAUCCACUAUUACGAUGACCUCUGACCCGGAGGAGCUGGAGAUGAACCCUUCAAACUAAUAACUAACACUAACAGAGAGACCGAGAACUGAUCAUUACAAGAACAACAACAAAAAAGAGAAGCUAUUUUUGUACUUAGCAUUUGGACUUCGCGAUUCGGAUCGGGGAUUGGAGUUGCGUGGGCGGCUUUGAGUUGACAUUUUGGGAGGACAGGAUAUCGUGCUUUUGCAUGGAGAUCUGCAAUUAACGUUUUGGUUUUUGUAUUUUGACUCUGCAUAUUCAACACCAAGUACGACGAAAUGAAAGAGUAGUGAUUUGGAUGUAUGGCGAAAAAAAAAUUAAGAAAGAAGAAGGAGCCAUCUUAUUAAGGGCCUAUAACCUUCUGCACUUCUUCGGGACCCUUUACAAAUUUGUAUACUAGUGCAUGAAGGAACUGUCGUUAAAAUAUAUCCUUACUAUGGUACUUCCUCAUAAAUAUGAAGACAUAUCAAGCUGAACUGCACUCCUCACUGCAUAUCCGCUUAUCCUGGGGCUGUGGUGAAUAGACAGUGGCCUCAAAGUUUCCCUAUUAGGGGAAAAAUUCGCUGGACCUUUUCAUCCUCAUCAUCAUCGUCAUCACCUUUCUCAAUCAUAACCAUUUUCUGAUUACUGUUAUUCCUCUCAUUUGAAUGCAGUAGAAAAUCAGUUCAGUUUGUUUUCUCUUUGGUCCCUUUCUUUUUUCUUCCUCUGUUCUUUUUCUUUUAUUAUUUAUUUAUUUAUUCUUUUGUUUAAUCUGCUCUGUCUCUCGGAUGCUGACCUUCGUUCCAAUAUAAAGGAGGGAACAUUGAAUGGAUGCUGGAUUGACAGCGAGAACUAUUCUGAAAGCCCAGUGCUUAUCAGAUAUAUGCAAAAAGAAGCAGUAACUGUGAACUAAGACUAGAACAGAAAAUCCACUUCUUCCUUCACAAACACAUUCCCGAAUGAACACCCGAGCCCCCGAACCGGUAUCAGCUCCUCUACAAGUCCAUUUUAGUUUGUGUUCCCAUCUCAUGUCAUCAUCAGUCUUGUUUAAUCACAUAGUUUUGCGUUAUUAAUGAGGAAAUUAUUAGUUCUGUUCCCCCUCGCUGUUGCGUUAUCCUCACUUUUAGCACCCUCUGCUGGUAUAUGAGGGGGGUGGCAGACGUAGCAUUCAGUGCUGUAGAUCAUUAGCACUCUUUGGUCCCUUUAGAGGCUAAGAAUUAGCCCUUAACGCGUACCUGUUAUAUAUAAAACAUUACUUUAGGUAUUUGUUUAAACAGACCUGAAGGAUUUCCUGUUCUCUCCUGUGCGGUCGGAGCAGAGAGAAAGACGCUAAUGCUAAUACAUCAAUGCACGUUUCCACACAUUCAAGAUAGCUAGCACUUAGCAUCCUAGUGCAUUUUGUGGUUUUGCAGUGUGUAGUCUAUCUGUAAAGGUGUAGUCAGGGUGGAUGGAACGGCACUACUUGUAUCCCUUUAUCUCAAUCCUGAAACUAGGAUGUGGAAGAGACAGGCCUGCCGCUAGUUAGCUUAGUUAGCAAAUGCCCUGGUAAGCAGAGGCUGCAUGCGACCUUGAAGGGAAAUGUAAAUAAAUCUCCUGUACACAGACUGCAUGUGGAGUUCACAGCACAGAAAUUAUAGUUUGAUUCCAAUGUGGCAUUUGAAACGGGGAGAGCAGGUCCAGUGUAAAUGACUUAGCGCCAUUACCCGCAAUCCUCUCUGUCAGACGUACGCUUCCCUGUCACAACUCAGGUAAAUCUCUUUUUGUUCGUCUCUACCAGUGCUUCCAAAAUGAUGUCAUUCGAAACAAAGAGAGCGACAUUUGAGUUAUUAAUGACCCCAUGUAUGCAUGCAUCUGUGUAAAUAUGAAACAAUCAUCCCAAUGUUCAUCGCAAGUCUUCCUUUUCCACAGCGCAUCCUUUAUUUCACCAUUUCAUCCGUCACUUUCAUUCAUUCCCCAAGUACAAACUCUUACUGCUUCCAAAUAACCAAAAAAAAAAAGGCCGGAUGACAGUAUGAGAAACCGAGGAAAAAAAUAUCCGUGAUUUGUUAAGAACCAAGUGAACUUUUCGAACACGGUCUGCUGUAAGUGGAUUACGAAACAAAAAGCUGUGUAUGGAAAUCGGGACGCAACCAAAAAUCAGGAAAUGAAAGCAUGAGGGUCAGAUGGACAGAUUGUGUGUUUGGGGAACAGAGUAUUGGGAGGAUGGUCAACAAAUGAAGAAAGGCGUCGUGAAAUGGAGGACAGUUUGGGGAAGAAAGAAAAAAGGCAAAGAGAGGAGGAAGGGAGCUGAACGCUUCUCAGUGUAAGAAUUGCUGAGCUUCUGAACUGCCCCUUUUUUCAAGCUCCCCAACCCCAAAACCUGUCCAGAGGCAAACCCUGGGGUCACCGCAGGAUUUGAGACGACGAAAGAGAGAAAACGAGAGAUGAACAGAUCGCUGCGCUGAACUGACUUGAAGAAAAUAUUGUAUCACUCAUCUCUACAUUACUUAUUUUAACCCCCAACGUAGGUGCAAUAAACUGAAGAUACACAAUGUCCUGGGAGGAAUUAAAACACACAUUCUUCUUAAAGAGAUCACCGGGCUUGGAAAAAAAGGGUGGGAUUUAGCAUACAAACUGUAGUAUGUCCCGGCACGACCCUUUUCCUGGUGGAAAUGGAUGCAAUUUUAAAACGACAAGACUUUUUUCGUGGGGCAUUCCACCUAGAUAAAUGCACCUCAAAGUGGACAAAGAAAAAAAACCUUUCUCAGAUGAAAGUCUCAGAUGAAAAAAAAAAUGUGUGGAAAAACACUCAUCAUGCCCUUCAACGCUAUGCAAUUCAACCACACAUUCACAGAAGAGUUCAUCAAGCGCUUCGAUCGAACAGUUUAUCAGCCAAACUUUUUCCACUCCUUUAACUUUUGGAGAUCUUGCACGUGCUUUAAAUGAAAAUAGACAGUGGCGUCAUCGGCCUGCCAUAUUGCUGUAUCGUAAGAACCGUUUCCCCAUCCAUCCAAUCAGAAAUCUUGUUCAGAGUGUCCUUCUCAGGGCUCACGGAAAGGUGACUAUGAAGAAAAGAGCGUCAGCCUCUCUCUUUUCUCUCUCUCUUAGUUCAGCUCUCUGCAUCUCAGCAUUUCUGUUCCACUGUAGAUGAACUGCAUGGCAUGAAUGAAAAAAUAAAAUAAAAAACAGAGAAAAAUGGUAGAGAUCAUGCUGAGAGGAACAAGAGGAAACUAGACAGGACCGCUGCACAGUGCAAUAUGGGUGACUCUGGAUCAGUGGAUGGGGUCACGGAUGAAAAACGCAGAUCUUUAACCUUGAUGUGGGGAAUAGAAAACAAGUGCAUGACACCAGUUGAAGGACAAAGGGGUUUUUAAGAGGACUGGAUGAACUUUGAACAAAAGCCGACAAAAAAAAAAGAAAAGAGAAAACUAAAAAUGCAUUUUUCUCACUUUGUUUACCAGCAUGACUAAACUGCAUGACUUCUGCAAGCCCUGAUCCCCAAAUUAGAGGGCUUGAAUCACUAAACUCCAAAAUCAAAAGGAAACAAUAAAAGUUUAUGCUAAAUGCUACAAAAUUUAGAAGAAAAAAGAAUAUAUUUAAAAAAGAGAGGCUCUAUAUUUUGUUUUUGAAUAAAAAAAGAAUAAUGUAAAAAUAUAUAGGAUUGCAAGAUUCACAGUUUUGUUGGAUAAAAGAUAAACAAACCCCACUGAGUCUAGCUGAAUGAUGAGAUGAACUCCUUCACUCCCUCCAUGGCUUCAAGUGACAUAUCUUCCCUCCUUUUUCUUCACCCUUUACUUGGACUCUCCUGGCUCUCUGAUCUGCCCUUCACGAUUACCCUCAGUCAUAUCAGCCUCCGGCAGCAGCACGACAGCUCCUCGGGAGACCUCCAACACCUACAGGGAUCUUUUCUUUUGAAGGUUAUGGGUCUGAAGAGCAAGGUGGAAGGGCAUUUUAAGGCCUUGGGUGAAGUUUUCUUUUUAAGUUCAGCUUUGGUGGAAAGUUACUUUAAUUUGCAGCAUUUGCUCUUUUUAAUUUCAUCCACAUUCUGUGGGUUAAUCAAAGCUUUAUCCAUCAAAAGUGAGUCCAAUCUGAUGAAUAUCAGCGUGGUGUGAACUGCUGCGUCUUGGGAACCUGAGCACUUACAUCACAAAGCACUAUUGUCCAAUCAGGAAGCCAUAAUCUCCGAAAGUAGCGACAGCGUCUGAGCUCAAAGGUGCUCAUGGGAACAUGCUGGUUCAAAAACCUGCACACGGUUUUUGUAGUUCUUAAGUUGUGUUGAUUUAAAGAUAUUAGCAUUUACGUCCUAUAAUUUAUUUUUGGAUACUUUAAUGGGUGUCAGAUUUUCGUUUUCAGCCAUCUAAGAUUUAUAUUUCUAGAAAACUAGAUUUUAUUAUAAACGAUUGCAUAUGCUGAGCACCCAUGCCAUACAAGAAAAACCAGCCAUGCCAUACCAAAAUGGACUUCCCUAUUAACUAGCAGCAGAUUUCUGGUAUUAGCAUUAGCAUUAUCCUGUGUGAGAGGAGGCCAUAAUUCCACCUUUAACUCAUAGAUUACACACGUGACGAUUAGCUCUUUUACAGUUUGUCUUCACCAAGAUAAGUUUUGUUUAAAGAGUCUGGUUAAGUUUUAGACUGUGUUUCCAUUUAUUUAUGUCACUUGAUGUUGUUUGUUCUAUCAGCGCUCAUCGUUCUAACGUAAGCUUAGUUUAGUAACUACCUAUGCAACACCUAAGCAAGACCUUAGCAGCUCUCACACACACUCAUACACACAAACACACACACACGUCAUGUGCUCAGGCCAGCUGGCUGGUGUCUGUUUACCGGUGCUGUGUGUCCGGGGAGGGAAAAAACAACACAGAUGCAGCUCCAUCACCACAAGAGCCAGCGUUUUCUAGUGUCAUUUCAAACGUUAGCAAGUAGCUUGACGGUGCGGCAGACGUGUGCAGCUGCAGUAGCCAUUUUGCUUUUUUCCCCCCAGUGAAUUCCCUUCUCUUUCUGAGUUACUAGCGUCCGGCCUGUUUUACGUCUUUCCUGCUCGCUGCUUCCCGGGUGCAGGAAGACACUCAUGCACUUUUUCGAGUCAUAGGCAUAUAUUCAUGUACUGUAGGACUUAUGUGUUUAUUUUAGGUUUCAGAUUUCAUCUCAUAAGCGUUUGUUGACUGGUUAUGUACCUCUCUGGUCGUUCGAACGGAGCAAUAAUGAUGGAGGGCCACCUUUUGUCUCAUUUCUCAUACGAAAUCCAGUGUGCCUGAAACUGUUCCCUGAAUGUGUAUGUAUGUAAACGGCCACAUCCAUCGAAGAAGCUCUCUCUUGCGAAUGCUUUCCAGGAGGGUUCGUCUUAGCGUGAAUGAGACCGCCUCCCCCUUCAGAUGACUGACAGCUCAACAUACCUUUACUUGAAACCCAAAUACAAAACAUAUCAGAGAGGAGCAGAACAAAGCCAGAAUCAGUCUUCACGCUUUCUCCACUUCCUGUUUGCACCCCCCUCCCCGCCCGCCUUCAUCUGUCCCCCCUCUCCUUCUGGAAUUUUGGAGGAAGAAGCUUUUUUGCAUCCCUUGUUCUUGUGUUUUCUAUCAUAUUGUUUGAAGUUGAAUUAUAAUGCAUGCAUGGAAAACAAUGAGGACAUAACUUGUGAAUAAUUUGUGAAUGGCCAGAAUGAGGGAACCAUCUCUUUCAGCUGGGCUCUCUACUCUGCGACUUCUCUCUCGGAGAAACUUUUACACCAUAAAGCUGGCACAGAGGUGCUUCUGAGGAGGCGUUAGAGUGUCUUUGCACAGUAUUUAAUGCAGCUCAUGAAUGCAGUAAUGCUACUGUAUACUUUGAGCAGGCUUUCAUGCAGCAUCGCUGUUUAUAUUUUUAAUUUUGUAAGAUGGCAGCCUUUGUAAAGACGCCCUCAUAAAGGAAAGUUUCUGGUUUCCCUCACCUAUUUCUUCGAAAUGUAGCCAUUUCAAAUGAUAGCUAUGGCUAUAUGGUAGCCAUUUUGAAUAAUGUACAUGUUUAUACAUUGUUUUUGUCUGUAUGAUAUCCGUAGUGAACAUUCAUCAGAGCUUCCACAGACUCAGAGCUGAACAGAUGCAGCAGAUGUCAACAGAAAAAACCCUGCAGGAAUUCAGUUUCCCCUGCAUGUGCAUUUACUUUUAUUCUAGGAUGAUUUGGCCCAAUAUGCACUACAUGUUUUUUUGUAUUUCGUCCUUUUAUACUUAUCGUAGCUUGUUUAAAAGGGGGAUUCAUUGCACUAUUACAGCUAAUAGAGCUGCUGUGUCGACUGCUAAGCGAAAGCCUGACCAUACUCUAUAUUCACCCCAAAGAUACGAAUCAUUGAUGGAGAGAGAGAGAGGCCAGUGAGAAAGAGAAGGUUCCAAAAAGAAAUGGAUGAGUUCUAUGCUACUAAGAUUGAUGCUGGAUACAAUUUUAUUGUCAUACAAAAAAAGGGAAAAAAAUAUCAAGAACUGUAUAAAAUAUAUUUCAAUGGAAUGUUUAUUAUUUACCUUUUAUAUUUUUGAAAUGUAUAAAGAAAAGAUUAAUAAACUGUAUUAAUUUAACAGAGUUUGUGAAAACGGAGACUUAAAAAUCGUUAUAUUACUAAAAGUAUGAAAGUUUGAACGUGAAUGCUAACCUACCUGAUCAAAUCUCCAUUACAGAUAGGGGAAAAAAGAACAAUUAGAAAAAUGAAAUCCAAUUUAAAAAGAAAAAGUUAUCAAAAAGUCAAUAAAAAUGUUAAAAGCUCAUGCCAAAAUUUUCAA